CUUGGAUCAUUAAAUUGUAUGUACGAAUUGUACUUUUAUUUUUUUGAUGAAGUAUUCACGCUGUUAUUUGUAAAUAAAUUGUGCUCGACUUUCAUAAAUCCCUGUCAUCAACCAAACUAAUUCAGCUCCUCUCAAUAAACGUAUACGAAUUCCUCUUAACUUCAACAAUACAGAAUUUUAAUAUUGCUCUAUUUAAUCAAUUCAUAUAAUAAAAGUGUCUUCUUAUUGGCGAAAGAAACUCGUCUAUGAUUGUGUUGGAAAUCUUUUCUAAAGCAAUUGUCUAACAAUACUGGCAUUCAAUGAUUGGAGAAUGUGUUGAAGUAUCUUACGGAUAUAUUAAGGGAGCAUUCGUGUUUAGUUAUCGGGUCACUAGCUUUCUUACGUCUUAAGAUGCUGUUUCUAAGGAGACCGGCCUUCUUACGAUUCCCUAUCGCUAUCCUAAGUCUUCAGAAUAGCUGCUAUGCUCAUCGAUUUUCUUCAAGUUAUGUAAAUGUCACACAGCUGAAGCAGGUUGAACGUUUGUUAUCUUUUUUACCGAAAUCGGUAAUUCGUUUGAAGUGUCUUCAAGAAGCUUUCUUAAAUCCCUCAACUGUUCGAAAGCGUAUAUGUGUUCAAGCUUGUACUGACAGUGUGGACGACAAGCAAAUGUGUCGGAGAGUUGUUGAUGCAUUACUGUGCACUCCUUUCAGUACAGAAAGCAACAUACUAACAGCACUUCGUUCAAGAUACAAACGAAACGGUGUUUUGAUUCGUUUUGGAGAACGAGUUUUUCAAGAAGUGGAUGAAACCUCGAAUAGUAUGGUGAUGGAAUUGCCUCUGCAAGUUCUCAAAGACCAUAACUUAGAAAUUUAUGAGCUCCCAUCUGUGCAAAAAGCAUUCGGUAACACAUUAGCUUCUUGCCAUACACGUUAUCUAUGUACAACUUCGUUAUUAUUAGCGGUACAUAAAAUGGAAAAACUGGCGCCAGCAGAUAAAAUAUUAUUGGAAGCCGACCCGAGUCUUUAUCCAACACUUUCUUUGGACAAAGUUUACCCACUCAAUUCCGAGUUGGCAAAUCAAGCCGUUGCCGCAAUCGAAAAGACUCCUUCUGAGGUAAUUGCAUUUGAGCAUUUGUGGGAACAAUCACAUUUUUCGGCUUUUCGGAAGGAAUGUUUGGAAUCUAAGACACUUACGGUUUGCUCAAGACUGUUAUCAACUGAAAUAGAUGAGCUUGAGUCUUCACUCCAAUCUCAAUCACAACUCCAUUUGCUAAAACGAGUUCGUGACUUUUUAAACGCAUUAGAUGUUUGGACUGAGGAUACAAAAAUGGGUAUCAUUCGUUUUAAUCAGUUCUCCCUGAAACGAAUCUGGAAAAGAUUUCGCGUUCUCAGUCUUUUCAGUCAAUUACCUAACCUGGAGAACGCCAUCAUGCAAGCUGCAGAAGUCAAUGUGCUUCAUGACGCUGACGUUCAGUUGGCAGUCUUGUAUGGACGGUUUUUUGAAGAUGGAGACGACGGAGCUGAACUCACAAGUGCCAGCAGAAAAAAUAAAGAAGAUAUGUUGAAAAUUAUACAGUCAGCACUCCAUGACGAAUUGUGGUAUGUUCGCAAUUCUCUGCGAAAUGUUUAUUUUCUUCAAACUUCAACUGCUGGUUUGGCUGUUUGUAUGCUUUUUGGAUUGUCAACUUCGUUGUAUGCAACUACGAGCGUUUUUUUAUUGGGAUUCACAUAUGGAUAUAUGAUUCUUCACAGGCGUUACCUGGAUUUUCAGAAACAAGUGAAAGAUAACAUAAAACAACAUGCGUUUUCUUAUGUUAACACUCAUCGUCAAAAUGUCUAUGACAUAUCGGCAUUACAAAAGAAAGCUAGUAAGCUUGUAAGGGAACGAGCCCAAAAACGAGAGGCUAUAACUAUCUUAAAAGACAUCAGUCAAGGGCUUCCAACAAAGAAUUAAAACAUGUCUCUUUGACGGCUAUCCUGCUAUGCCAUGGCCCAAUGUCAUUGUGCAUAAAAUAAUGAUGCUGAGAUUUUCCUUUAAUGACCUAUAUCUCCAAAUAUCCUGUAUUUAUAUUAUUUGCUUUUCAUGACUUCGACUCUAUUUCCUCUCUUUUUUAUGUGUCUCAAUCAGAUUUUAGUCUACAAGGGUUACCACGAUAUGCAGGGUAAUAAGCAUGCUUUAUUUAAUUAAUGACUCAAUCACAUAUUGUAAAGUCCGGAUUGCAUUUGAUGUUU